UAUGCAAACGCACGCGUGAACUAACUCUUCGACCACGAGGAGAUACCCGAAACGAGUCUGUUUGUCCAACUUUCUAAAAUAUAUUCUUCUUCCAUCCUUGUCCAUGCCAGUUCAUUAAAAAGUCACUGGUUUAGGUUAAUAUGACAAAAAUCCUUUGGGCUUAUAAAUCUCUGAGACAAGGAUGCAUGGUUGUCAGAAAAGUGGGGAACGAGUCGGGCUGGCUGAGGCUUCAAACGGCAAAACAUUUUAGUGUAAAGGCUCAGACGGCCCACCUGGUGUUGGAGGAUGGCACCAGGAUGAAAGGAUUUUCAUUUGGGCAUGAUGCCUCAGUCGCCGGGGAGCUUGUCUUCAAUACUGGCCUGGUGGGAUAUCCAGAGGCCCUGACUGACCCCAGCUACAGAGGUCAGAUUCUGACCCUGACCUACCCGAUUGUUGGGAACUAUGGAGUGCCAAACACCCAGGAGCUGGAUGAGCUUGGGCUGAGAAAACACGUGGAGUCUGACUGCAUCCAGGUGUCUGGUCUUCUGGUUCAAGACUACAGCCAUGAGUACAGCCAUUGGAACUCUGUCAAGUCCUUGGGUCAAUGGCUGCAAGAAGAGAAGGUUCCUGCUCUGUUUGGAAUAGACACCAGAAUGCUGACCAAGAUAAUCAGAGACAAGGGAACAGUGUUGGCGAAGAUUGAGUUUGACGGCCAGCCUGUAGAAAUCUCAGACCCCAAUGAGAAAAACCUUGUUGCUGAGGUUUCAACCAAGGAAAUAAAAGUUUUUGGAAAAGGCAAUCCAAUCAAAGUAGUGGUUGUAGACUGCGGCAUUAAACAUAAUAUAAUACGACUGCUGGUUAAGCGAGGGGCAGAGGUCCACCUGGUGCCAUGGAACCAAGACUUGCUGAGUCUUGACUAUGAUGGUCUGUUCAUUUCAAAUGGACCAGGAGAUCCAUCCCUAGCUAAAACACUCAUCCACAAUGUGCGCAAGGUGCUGCAGAGCGAUCGCCCCCAGCCAUUUUUUGGGAUCUGCAUGGGAAACCAGAUCACAGCUCUGGCUGCAGGAGCAAAUUCAUACAAGCUGCCUAUGGGUAACAGAGGUCAGAACCAACCAGUGCUGAAUGUGAUGACAGGACAAGCUUUCAUUACAGCACAGAACCACGGUUACGGCAUAGACAGCAAAUCCCUGCCAGCAGACUGGAGCCCGCUUUUCAUCAAUGCUAAUGACGGCACUAAUGAGGGCAUCAUGCACAACACUAAGCCUGUUUUCACGGCCCAGUUUCAUCCGGAGGCUAAGGGUGGUCCCACUGACACAGAGUUUCUUUUUGAUGCCUUCAUUUCGCUGAUCCAAAAAGGAAAGGAUGCUAACAUAGUGUCAGUCAUGCCAAAGAAACCUGUCCUUCCUCCAAGACCUCAGGUUUCAAAGGUACUUCUAUUGGGGUCUGGAGGUCUUUCUAUUGGUCAAGCCGGAGAGUUUGACUACUCUGGAUCUCAGGCUGUCAAGGCCUUGAAAGAAGAAAACCUGAAGACGGUGCUCAUGAACCCAAACAUAGCAUCUGUACAGACCAAUGAGGUCGGCUCCAAGCAGGCGGACUCUGUCUACUUCCUUCCUGUUACGCCACAGUUUGUGACCGAUGUGAUUAAAGCUGAGCGUCCAGAUGGGAUCCUGCUCUCCAUGGGUGGACAAACAGCUCUCAACUGUGGGGUAGAACUGUUCCAGCGGGGGAUUUUGGAGCAAUAUGGGGUGAAAGUUCUUGGAACUCCAGUGGAGUCCAUCAUGGCUACAGAAGACAGGCAGCUUUUUGCUGACAAACUUAUGGAGAUCAAUGAGAAAAUCGCACCCAGCGUUGCUGUGGAGUCGGUGUCUGAUGCCCUAAAGGCAGCUGAGCAGAUAGGUUACCCCGUCAUGCUCCGGUCGGCCUAUGCUCUCGGAGGACUGGGAUCAGGUCUAUGUGCUGACAGAGAAAAGCUGGAAGAAACGGCCAACAAGGCUCUGGCCAUGAGCAGUCAGGUUCUGGUGGAGAAGUCUUUACUGGGCUGGAAGGAGGUAGAAUACGAGGUGGUGAGAGACGUGGCUGAUAACUGCGUCACUGUCUGCAACAUGGAGAACUUUGAUCCCCUGGGCAUUCACACAGGUGACUCUAUAGUGGUCGCGCCGAGCCAGACGCUGUCCAAUGAGGAGUACCACAUGCUCCGUGAGACCGCUAUCAAGGUGGUGCGGCACCUGGGAAUUGUGGGUGAAUGUAAUAUUCAGUAUGCUCUGCAUCCAUCGUCAUUGGAGUACUGCAUCAUUGAGGUUAACGCUCGCCUCUCAAGAAGCUCAGCUCUGGCAUCCAAAGCUACUGGGUACCCUUUGGCUUUUGUAGCUGCCAAGCUAGCUUUGGGAAUUCCAUUACCAGACAUCAAAAAUGCCGUGUCAGAGAAGACCACUGCCUGUUUUGAGCCCAGUUUAGAUUACAUCGUCACCAAGAUUCCCCGCUGGGACCUCGACCGAUUUCAGGGCAUGUCCCUGGAAAUAGGUAGUGCCAUGAAGAGUGUCGGAGAGGUGAUGGCAGUAGGCCGGACAUUUGAGGAGAGUGUGCAGAAAGCCUUGAGGAUGUGUCAUCCAUCUGUGGAUGGCUUUGUUCCCCGGCUGCCACUCAAGAAAGCCUGGGGCAACACCCAGAACCUGCAACAGGAGCUGGCUGUGCCCUCCAGUACCCGUAUUUUCUCCCUUUCCAAGGCACUUCAUAAUGGGAUGAGUGUCGACCAAAUCCAUCAGCUGACGGCUAUUGAUAAGUGGUUCCUUCACAAGCUCCGCAGGAUAACACAGCUGGAGCAAAACCUUGGGAACUACAACAGUGGUUCAGUCCCCAGUAACUUGCUGUUGAAAGCCAAGCAGGAUGGCUUCUCGGACCAGCAGGUUGGUCAGAUUCUUGGCUGUGAUGAGAAAGCAGCCAGAGAGCUGAGGCUCACUCAUGGCAUCAGGCCAUGGGUCAAACAGAUCGACACCUUAGCAGCGGAGUAUCCAGCAAUGACAAACUACUUGUACUGUACUUAUCAUGGUCAGGAGCACGAUGUGGACUUUAAAGAUCAGGGAAUCAUGGUUCUUGGUUGUGGACCUUAUCACAUUGGUAGCAGUGUUGAGUUUGACUGGUGUGCAGUGUCCUGCAUCAGGGCCUUGAGACAAAUGGACAAGAAGACGGUGGUGGUGAACCACAACCCUGAGACAGUUAGCACCGAUUUUGACGAGUGCGACCGUCUUUACUUUGAAGAGUUGACCCUGGAACGCAUCCUUGAUAUUACCCAACAGGAGGGUUGUUGCGGUAGCAUUGUGUCGGUGGGAGGUCAGAUUCCCAACAACUUGGCAAAACCAUUACAACUUAGCGGAGUGAAGAUUCUCGGGACGAGCCCCCUUCAGAUCGAUCGAGCUGAGGAACGCUCCAUCUUUUCCAGCAUCCUAGACGACCUCGAGGUGUCCCAAGCUCCAUGGAGGGCACUGAGCUCUCUGGAUGAUGCUUUUGCAUUUGCCAACCAGGUGGGCUACCCCUGUCUCCUGCGGCCCUCAUAUGUUCUUAGUGGCUCUGCAAUGAACGUUGUGUAUGGAGAGGAAGAAAUGAAACGCUUCCUGGAGGAGGCUACACAGGUUUCUCAGCAACACCCUGUGGUCAUCACCAAGUUUAUACGUGGAGCCAGAGAGGUAGAGGUGGAUGCUGUGGCAAAAAAUGGAAAGGUUCUUGUCCACGCCACAACGGAGCACGUGGAAGAUGCCGGGGUACACUCAGGUGACGCCACCCUAAUGCUCCCAACCCAGAGCAUCAGCCAGGGAGCUCUAGAGAAGGUUAAAAUUGCCACCCGGAAAAUUGCGCAAGCAUUUGAAAUUUCAGGACCCUUCAACACUCAGUUUCUGGUUAAAGGCAAUGAUGUCAUGGUGAUAGAGUGUAAUCUACGGGCAUCACGAUCCUUCCCAUUUGUGUCGAAAACGAUUGGUGUGGACUUUAUCAGUGUUGCAACCAAAGUGAUGGUGGGCGAGCCUUUGGAUGAGUCCAGCCUUCCUUCACUGGAGAAGCCAUUUAUUCCUAUAGAUUACGUUGGAAUUAAGGCGCCGAUGUUCUCCUGGCCACGACUGAGGGAUGCAGACCCUGUGCUUCGCUGUGAGAUGGCCUCCACUGGAGAGGUAGCCUGUUUUGGCCCAAACAUUUAUUCAGCCUUCUUAAAGGCGAUCCUGUCCACAGGCUUUAAGCUGCCACAGAAGGGCAUCCUAAUUGGGAUUCAGCAAUCUUUUCGGCCAAAUUUCUUAGCUACAGCACACCAGCUGAAAGAGGAAGGUUUCAAGCUCUACGCUACUGAAGCCACUUCAGCCUGGUUGUGUGCCAAUGAUGUACCCGCCAUUCCUGUUGCCUGGCCAACUGGAAAGGAUGAAAACACUGCAUUUCCCAGUAUAAAGAGAUUGAUCAGUGAGGGUCACAUUGACCUGGUUGUCAACCUGCCCAAUAACAACACACGCCACCUGAAGGAUAACUUCCUGAUCCGGAGAAUGGCUGUUGACUACGGCGUUCCCCUCAUUACUAAUUACCAGGUGGUGAAGCUGUUCGCUGAAGCCAUUCGUUAUGCGGGUGAGCUCGACACAACCAGCCUCUUUCACUACCGGCAGAAAGAAAACCAACCAAGAGGAGCUGAUCGAGGCUAGUCCUUAUUUUACUUCAAGAAAACACUGGUAUUGGAAAAUAAUUAUUCUACUUAAGUAACACUAAUACAAUAAGGGUCUGUAUAUUAACAUUACUUAGUGCAUUAUUAGGCAUUAGAAAAACUAUUAAUAACUACUUAACCAUAUUAAAUAACGCAUUACUAAGCAGACACUCCUCCUGGCACUUUGUCCAAACCUUAAGGACACUUAAUAGGUAACAAUAAUGAUAAUGUUAAUAAAGCAACCUUUUUUAUCCUUAAUAAUGCACAAAGUAACAUUAAUAAAAGGGCCCUUAUUAUAAAGUGUUACCUCAUAAUUACCAAACAAAUCUGCAGCCAUUUUGGCAACUGUUUUGCUCGUGUUUGAGUUUUUUUUUAAUUUACAAGUGAUCCAAUGAUACAAGUAACUAUGAAACACAGUAAGUUGUACAAACUGAACAUAUUUAUGAUUUUCAGCCUAAAACACCAAUGUGAAAUUUAGAAAUUGAAACGGCUGUGUUUAUAUAUUUUACUUCUCUGUAUAUACAACAUAUUUAAAAGUUUGGUUGGGUUUGUUGUUUGUGAUUUGUGUUAGAAGAGUCCAUUUAGGCAGUAUGUCAUCUUCUUGCAUGUGUGUCAUGUUUUAAAGUGUGCUUUGUGCAGCAGAUGUGUAUUAAAAGUUGGCUACUUUC